CUCGUCACUAGACAUGGAAACAAGGAAGCUCAGAGAGAGAAACACUUGGUGCUAGUCCAUGGGGCGGGUCAUGGAGCUUGGUGCUGGUACGGAGUGGCCACCCUCCUCAAGUCCUCAGGCCACAAGGUCACUGCCUUGGACAUGGCUGCUUCGGGGGUCCAUCCAAAGCAAGCUAAAGAGUUGAAUUCGAUCGUGGAAUAUGCCGAGCCUCUCUUCGAGUUCUUGGAGGGUCUUCCUCAAGAAGAGAAGGUGAUUUUGGUGGGGCAUAGCAUAAGAGGGCUUGUCCUGUCAAUGGCCAUGGAGAGAUUUCCUGAGAAAGUAGAUGUUGCUGUUUUUGCUGCUGAUCUCAUGCCUGGUCCUGAGCUCGGUUUUCACUCCACCCUUGAAGAGCAUGAUCGCAGGUUGGAUUUCAGCAUGGACUCGGCAUACGCUUUUGAUGAUGGCCCCGCACAACCUCCCACUUCCCUGUUUUUUGAAUAUAAUCUACUCUCUUCCAGGCUCUAUCAACUCUCCCCACCUGAACCCAUGACACUAGCGUCCUACUUAGGAUGGCCAUUUUGUCUCUAUCCUGAUCAAGACAAGAUGGAGAAGGAAAUGGCAGUCACGAAGGACAGGUAUGGCUUGGUUCGCAAGGUUUACAUUGUAUGCGACCAAGACCUUCUGAUAAUGAUAGGCCUGCAAAGGUGGAUGGUGGAGAUGAACGCGCCAGAUGAAAUGAAGGUGAUCUCUAGCUCAUAUCACAUGGUCAUGUUCUCUAAGCCUCUAGAGCCGUGUGCCUCCCUUGAAGAGAUUGGGCAACAUUAUUGUUACUUGAGAUUUGUUACGCAAGUUGAAUUUUUUUCUUCUAACAUGAACAAUAAGGUUGAUGAAUGA